AUGGGUUGAGGAGAGGGUCCUCUGUGGAUCAGUGCAUCCCACAGAUAUUUGAAUACGUGAAUGUGGAGGCCAGACCAACACUUCGUGCUGCUUUUAUGUUAAUUUUUUUAAUUUUUGUUUUUUCAUUAGCAUCCUGCCAUCAAGGAGUGUCAUUGCUAUGGGGUGGGGGGGCCUGGUCUGGUCUUAGUGGGUGGUACAUGUCUAAAUAGCAUCCACACAAAUUCCCAGGUCUGAAGGUUUCCCAGCAGAACAUUGAAUUGUCACAAGAUGAUCGAUCUUAUUUACGUCUCGUCUCGGUGGUUCUAAUGUUGUGGCUGAUCUGUGUAUUUUCUCUUAUUCCAGCCUUUUAGUUCGCGAAGGAGUAAUUACAGAGGAUGCUGCCGUGCCACAGUUAAGAGGCAGCAAACAAACUGUGGACAAAUGAGGACAAUGUGCUAAAACACUAGCUGAAGAAACCAGCCGCUUUGAAGAGGACUGGUGGGUGCAGUGCUGAGCAGUUAGAUCAUCCCCAGCCUGUGUCCCUCACUCUCCACAGCCCAACAUGCGCCAGUCUCCUUCACGAGGGAGGCGCAAAAUCUUUUCUCUCUCCUCCUCGGGAUGAAAUAUGAAACCUGGACCAUUUCAGCCAACUCUGUCCCCCGGGCUCCCAGUUCCUCCAGCGCCAAACACAGCUCUGCUUUAUCCAUUCGCCUUUUUUUUGUUUUUGUUUUUUUUUUCUUUCUCAACACCGUUUUUCUUGACACCUCUGUUUUUGAGACGGGAAACUUCUGAGCGCAUCGUUUUAUCCGUUCUUAAGCUGGCACUUGGAUUGGAAGUGGAUUUGCUGCACAAGAGGUCGUUUUGAAAACUUUUUCUCCCCCCUCCGUGCAUGUGGAUUCUGAACUGCAAGAACCAAAGUUGUCUUCUGAUCAUCCCCUCUGAGACCUAACAUCCGUCCAGCUGGCACCGGGACCGGGGUGAUGCGGGUGGUCGCGAUUGUAAAGUGAGCUAAGAAUACGAGACGUGGAAGCAUCGCCUGCAUCCUUCCUUUGUUGUCUUUGUUGCAUCUCUGCUGUCUCUGGGAUGUGAAAACCCACUGAACUACGUUUGCUUCGUUUUUUUUUUCUUUUCAUCCACCAAGGAAUUACACUUUUUUUUCUCCCUCCCACCGAAACUUUCGAGGAAAAGUUAUGGCGACGUUUUUGUUGACCACCCGUCUUGCUCUGGUUUUGUUCGGAUUAUUUUUGCUCUUUUCUCCAUCCGCUAUAGCCGAGCCGGAGCUGCAGGACGAAGAGGAGGAGGAGAGUUCCUGUCAGGGCGCUUUUGACCUAUAUUUUGUGCUCGAUAAAUCUGGCAGUGUGAAGGAUCACUGGAAUGAAAUUUACCACUUUGUGGAGAAUUUAGCAGAGAAAUUCAAAAGUCCCAUGCUGAGGAUGUCCUUCAUAACAUUCUCCUCCAGAGCGUCCACCAUCAUGAAGCUGACGGAAAACAGAAAGGACAUCAGGAAGGGUCUGAACGCGCUUUACAAAGAGAUUCCUGGGGGAGACACCUUCAUGCACCUGGGGUUGCAGAGUGCAAAUGAGCAGAUACGCAAGGAGAACUUUGGCACAGCCAGCGUAAUCAUUGCUCUGACAGACGGAGAGCUGCAGGAGCAUCAGCUCAUCACUGCACAACAAGAGGCAGAGGAAGCCAGAUCUCUUGGAGCGAUCGUGUACUGUGUUGGCGUCAAAGACUUCAAUGAGACACAGCUGGCCACUAUUGCAGACACCAUUGAACAUGUGUUUCCUGUGUUGGGCGGCUUCCACGCGCUCCGGGGCGUCAUUGAUUCGAUCAUCAAGAAGUCCUGUAUUGAAAUCUUGGCAGCCGAGCCCUCGAGUGUGUGCGCAGGAGAGUCUUUUCAAGUGGUGGUGAGAGGAAACGGCUUUCUCCAUGCGAGAAACAUCGACCAGGUCCUGUGCAGCUUCAAAAUCAACGACACCGUUACAGUCAAUGAAAAGCCGGCUGGUGUUGAAGAUACCUUCCUACUGUGUCCUGCUCCGGUUAUUGAUGACAUUGGAAAGGUGAUUUAUCUCCAAGUGAGCAUGAAUGAUGGCCUGUCCUUCAUCAGCAGCAACGUCCACAUCACCACCACAGAGUGUUUCGAUGGCACCAUUCUCCUGAUCACCCUGCUGGUGUUGUUCCUCCUGCUGGCCAUGCUCUUCAUGUGGUGGUUCUGGCCUCUGUGCUGCACGGUGGUGAUCAAAGAGCCUCCUCCUCCACCUCCUCCUGAGCCGGAGUCGGACGAUGAGGACGGUCUGCCCAAGAAGAAGUGGCCCACCGUGGAUGCCUCAUAUUACGGAGGCAGAGGAAUAGGAGGGAUCAAGAGGAUGGAGGUCCGCUGGGGAGGGAAGGGCUCGACCGAGGAGGGGGCUAAGCUGGAGAAGCCAAAGAACGCUGUGGUGAAAAUGCCCGAGCAAGAGUACGAACCCUUCGAGCCCAAACCCAAGAAACCUCAGAACAAGAAGGCGCCUCAGAACCGGAAGUGGUACACGCCCAUCCGGGGUAAACUGGAUGCUAUCUGGGCUCUGUUUCGCCGCGGGUACGACCAGGUUUCUCUGAUGAGACCUCAGCCCGGUGACCACGGUCGAUGCAUCAACUUCACCAGAGUGAAAGAUGAGUCAGCAGCAGCAGCGGCAGCAGCCAAGGCCGCUCCACGCAGCCCCAUCCACACGCCUUCGCCACCACCGCCGGACUACCGCCCCGUGACACGCAGCCCCCCCGCCUCUCCCACCUGCACCACCCCCCCUGCCAGAUCACCCCCGUCGGGCCAGAUGCCCCCGGGGCCGCCUCCGUCCCGCACGCCCCCGGGGCUCCCCUGUCCCCCGCCGUCGCGUCCCCCACCUAGCCUUCGGCCCUGAACCGCACAGACAAAUUUCCACCACCCCUCCCAACACACCCGCUUCGAUACCCCCCCUCCCCUCUCGCCCCCUGUUGACCAAGUUCUUUCACUUUGAAGGCUGCGGUCGCCGAUGCCAAAGAUACUCCUGCUAUAAGCCAAACGUCAGUAGUAUGAACCUUGAACCCCAGUCGUUCUGAAUUCCUCUUCUUCUUGUGUGGGAUAGAGUAUCAAGUCAACCUGUAGGCUGGGAACUCAAUUCACAUUUAUCCAUUCAGUCAUUUCACAUGUGCAUCACGAAUGCUGGGGAAAGGAGCAAGUUUGGAUGUCAGGGGAGCUCCUCUGUCAUUGUUUACAUGCCCAUCAUAAAAUGUAAUUUUCUACUAAACACCAAAGUGUUGACGGAAGAACAGGUUGACUUGACGUUCUGUCUCAUACCAGUUCAACGGGGGGAUUUGGGGAAAUAUUUUUGCUCUUUUCUGAGAUCAGGGAGGAUUGUUGCUGGACAGCAAAGUACGUAGGAAGAGGAAGUCCACAGAGGAACACUGCAAUGGAUAAAAUAUCUUUGUUGUCUUUAUCAACUACUGAGUUAGGCCAUUGUUAUUGAGAACUGAGGCGAAAAGUAGGUUGUGGGUAAAUCUGAGUAACUGCGUAAAACGGGCCGAAUGGAAUUGGCUUCUUUCUCCAUUGCUGUGUGACGAAUCAAAGGUUUUGAGAACUGGAUUUCAAAGCAGUUUUAAUUGGUCGUGUCGUUGAUGGCGUUGAUAAGCCAGCUGUUAAAAAUGUGCAUGUUCGAUGAUCUUUCGCUGUUUUGCUUUGUUCUGUUCACACAGCAGCAAACAAAACCAACAAAGUUCAACGCAUUGACACAAACAGUGAUACAGUAACAUGAGUUGUGGUCCGGUGUUUUUAACAUUCAGUGACAGGGACGUGUACAGAUGUUGUAUGGAAGGUAUGUUUUACAGUAUAUGAUUAAGAUGUGUUUUAAAUGCUAUGUCGGUUGAUACCUUUGAGGCUUUGGAUUUUGUCUUUAACCACCUUUUCAUGUAGUUGAACUUAGAUUCCAGCACUAUAUAUAUUUUUUUUUGUUUGUUUUUGGUUUCUGCGCACAUAGACUGCUGAGCAACUGCAGUAUGCAUUUGUUUUCAUCAUUGAAACUCAUGAAAUCAAACAUCAAGAAAUCAGGUUCAGUUCUCUCCUCACAUUUUUUUUUUUUUUUUUUUUAACACGCUAUUCUGAUACUGUACUUUGAUGCCAAUAUUUGUAUUUUAUGUCUUCUUCAGUUAUAUCAGCACCGGUCACAUUGCAACUGCAGGGCAGUUCAAAGAGCAUCUAAUUUAUUUUACUCCCAGACAGAUAAAGAGGAGAGUACUUGAAUAUCGACAAGGUGUCCAACCACCAAGACGGACACUGUGUGCAGAACUUACACAACAGCUUAACAGUUUAGUCGUUUUAAGGUUUACCAGGGUUUCUUUAACGCCUCCGAUACACUUCAAAUCAUUUUGUUGGAACUAAAAUGGAUUAGGUUUUACAGUUAAGUUGCUCCUUGCUCCCAAUAUGCAGCUAGAGAGAAACUGUACAUGUUACAAAAGUGUCUACAAAUUAAAUUAAGGAGAAUUACCCAACACAAAAGACUUUCUGUUGUUCCCAGGGUUGUGAGCUCUGCAGUUCAAUAUCCUGUCAACAUGUCUCGACCUUAGCUUCCCUUUGUUUGGGGGUUGAACUAGACUCAGGUAAAGUAACUAUUAAAAUAGAUUUGAAAUCUCUAACAGAACGGUUAACAGAAGGUUACAUGUAUGUUCCUGGUCAAUUUGACCUGGCAACUAAUAUUAAAGAGCAUUGGUGGUUCUUUGGGUAACUUGCAACUCAAACUCUUGAUUGAGUUGGGUUGGUUCCCUAACCCAAAUAUGUUUCUGCAGCUUGGUGUAUACUAGGGAACAAACAAAACCCCUUUAAUGAGUUCAAUGGACAGCAUUCACAACAUAUUAAAUGAAUAGGUCUGUGAAAGUACAUUUAACCCUGGGAACAUAUGAAUGAACGAUGAGAUUUUGACUUGCACGUGUAGAAAGAGGCCGAAGCGUUGGUAUUCCUUCUAUAUCCAGUCCCUUCUGGAAUUUUCUUCUAUUAAAUUUUCAUUUUAAUGUACGUCAUUCAAGUAUGUCCUGUACCGUUGUGUUACCAGCUUUCGUAACCAGCCACAUGUAGUUUUGGAAAUCGUCACAUAAACCGUGAUGCUUUGGUAUAAUCUCUUUAAACAAAAUGACACAUAACAGGCAUUUUUUUUUUUUUUUUGCCAGCAAUUACUAGCAUAAAACGUGGCUACAUUUCCCAUAACCCACAGUGCUUCUGAUCAAAGGUGUCACCACGUACAGUUCAGGUCGGUUUAUUUAUGUGGUACCACCAUAAAUACGAAUUUGAAAAGUCAGCUGUUUAUGUAUUCCCAACCUCAGUUAUGAAGCUGGGAGAACUGGGGAUAACUUUACAUUAUGCUAACUGAGUGUUGAAAGAGAACUGCUUCAGUGUCACCAGAUAGUAUGAGAUUUAUGACACAGAUGAGGUAAGAUACAUUAUGUUAACCAGUGUUUUUUUUUACAUUUUUGAACGGCAGUACUGAACCAAAUAUGAAAGACGUAUAUGAUUUUCUAUUGUUGGUUGACAUGAUUUUUUAACAGUAUCAAUAAAGGUUGAUUCCUAAGCUUCUA